CGCAUCGUCUCUUCCCCUUCGAUCCUUCCUCCGCCUCCCGUCACUAUUCCUCCACACCAAGACCCACAUUCCCAUCGCGCCCGCGACUCUGCCUAUGGAACCCGUCCCGAUGCUACAACUGGCGUCGCAGCCACUACAUGGAGGAGGAGGACUCCUUCGGCUCGGUUUCGACGGCGACGUUUGGUGCGGGGUGGACCAGUUCAACCGGCGGCAGUACUACGGGUGGCACGAUUCGCUGGAAGCGCUGUGGAUGGGAGCGGAGGACGAGGCCAACAAGACUAUGUUCCACGGCAUCCUCUAGUGCGCCGUCGGAUUCCACCACCUCUUCAACCAGGUCAGUAGAAUUGGAAUUCGUUCGGUCAAAAAAAUCAAAAUCAAAAUCAAUUAGGUCUUUUAUCGAAUUCAUGAUAAUCAGAACCACAAGGGAGCGAAGAUGGAGCUGGGGGAAGGGUUGUGCAAGCUGAAUUUCCAGGGAGGGCCGUUCCGCCGAUUCGAGGAAGAGAUAUCAGCGGUGAUUUUUGCAGGGUGGAGAAGGACGAUGCGAACUGCUGGUUGAACUGGUCCACCAGCGCGCCUAACGUCGCCAUCAAAACCGAGCGGGAGGAGUCCUCCUCCUCCGUGUAGUGGCCGCGCCGCCAAUUGUAGUAUCAGAACUGGUUCUGGAGGCAGAGUCGCGGGCGCGAUGGGAAGGUGGGUCUUGGUGUAGAGAAAUAGUGACGGGAGGCAUAGGAAGGAUCGAAGGGGAAGAGAACGAUAGGAGCUGAUGGGGAAUUAUUGAGAUUUUUAAAUUUUUGUUAUUAUUAUUAUUAUAAGAAAGGAAAAAGAAUAUAGAAAUUUUAAAAAU